AUGAAGCAAGACGAGGUUGAAGGAGAUGAUUAUGAUGUUGACAAGAUCAAUUCUGAAAAAGAAAACAGAGAAAAAUUGGCAAAGAGUCAGGUGGUGGAAUUGGUUAAGACGGGAGAUCUUUUCCUCAACAAAACAGUUUUGAAAGCGAGGUUUGAGUUAUGUGCAAUGAAGCAUAACUUUCACUACACAGUUACCAACUCCAAUAAAUCAGUUUGGUGUAUUAGAUGUGCUGAUAAGGUGUGCUUUUGGGGUGCUCGAGCUGAGUGUUUGAAGGGCUCCACAUAUUUUAUUAUUAAGAAGUAUGUCGGUGUACAUUCCUGUGCACCUUCAAACAAAACCAGUGCCGGAAAGACAGCUUCAGCGAAAACGAUAGGCAGUCUGCUAAUGCAUAAAUAUGAAGGUAUCAAGGAAGGGCCUAAAGCGAAAGAUAUUGUUCAGAUUAUGCGUAAUGAUUAUGGAUGUGAGAUCUCUGAUUCUUUAGCAUGGGAUUCCCGUGAAUAUGCAGUCAACGCUGUUAGAGGUAUUCCAGAGGAAAGUUAUGGGAAAAUACCAAAAUACUUGCACAUGCUGCGAGAGGCCAAUCCGGGUACACAUUCCUCUUACAAGACUGACGUCGAUGGUAGAUUUCGAUAUCUGUUUAUAGCGUUUGGUCAAUCGAUCAGAGGCUUUAACAUAGUCAUGAGGCGUGUCAUUGUUGUCGAUGGAACAUUCUUGAAGAGUAAAUUCAAAGGGGUGCUACUGGUUGCAACUGCUAUAGAUGGAAAUUCAAAUUUAUAUCCUAUUGCAUUUGGGAUAGUAGAUUCUGAGAAUGAACAGUCUUGGGAAUGGUUUAUGAGACAGUUAAAAGUUGUUGUUGCUGAUGAUAAUGGUUUGGCUUUUAUUUCGGAUAGACAAGUGUCAAUAGCGAAGGGGAAGGGAUUAGCUGGGUUGAUUUCUAAGGCUUCAAAGGCUUAUAGAGUGGUUGAUUUCAAGAAGACGUUUGCUCAUGUUUGCAAUAUCAGUCCAGCAACUGGAAAUUAUCUUAUGGAAGCAGAUGUCAAAAAGUGGGCUAGAUGUCAAUUUCAUGGAUACAGGUAUGACAUUAGGACAAACAAUCCUGCAGAUUCGAUAAAUUCUGCGUUGCGUUCGCCGAGAGAGUUUCCCGUAAUUCCUUUGUUGGACAGUAUUAGAGAAAUGCUGACACGCUGGUUUUUUAAGCGUAAGAAGUUGAUUUCAAAGCACACCCACCGUUUGACCAUAGAUGUGGAGGAAAAGAUUGAUAGGAGAAUUGGAAAGGGGAAAACUUUCAGAGUUUACCCUGUAACCGAUAGCCAGCUGCUUGUUAAAGGCGAUACAAUUGACUGCUUUGUUGAUUUGGACAAACGGACUUGUUCUUGUGGGAAGUACGACCUCUUGAAAAUCCCUUGUAGACACGCAAUAAAAGCUGGUUUCUUUGUUGGUAGAGAACCAUAUACAUUGACUGAUUUUUUGUAUACCACGGGACCUUGGAGAGAAGCUUAUCAAGAAAGCAUAAAUCCUAUUUCAGUUCCUGAAGAUGGUUGGUCUGUCCCACAAGUUGUGGAAAAUUCUGAAGUGCUACCGCCUGAGACAAGAAGAUCUCUUGGAAGAAAUAGAAAACGUAGAUAUGAAACUGUUGAAGACAAAAUCCGAUCAUCACAAGGAUCACAGGGGGGGUCAGUCUCGUAA